GUUCACCAAAAAUCUGUCGCCUGACAAGAUCAACCUGAGCACGUUAAAGGGGGAAGGUCAGCUGACCAAUUUAGAGCUGGAUCAAGAGGUGCUUCAGAACAUGCUGGAUCUUCCAACAUGGCUUGCUAUAAACAAGGUCUUUUGCAAUAAAGCAUCCAUUAGGAUACCAUGGACAAAAUUGAAAACACAUCCCAUCUCUUUGUCCUUGGAUAAAGUUGUAAUGGAAAUGAGCACAUGUGAAGAGCCACGUGCCCCUAAUGGACCCUCUCCUAUAGCAACUGCAUCUGGACAGAGUGAAUAUGGCUUUGCUGAAAAAGUGGUAGAAGGCAUUUCAGUUUCUGUGAACUCCAUUAUAAUAAGGAUUGGCGCAAAAGCCUUUAAUGCUUCAUUUGAACUUUCCCAGCUGAGAAUAUAUAGUGUAAAUGCAAACUGGGAACAUGCUGACCUCAGAUUUACCAGAAUACAAGAAGCUCAACGUGGAGAGGUUUUGACUUUUAAAGAAAUCAACUGGCAGAUGAUCAGAAUAGAAGCAGAUGCAAUCCAGAGUUCUAAGCAUGAAAUCAUGAGUGCUCCAGUUCGACUGAUUACUAACCAAUCAAAAAUCAGGGUCACGCUUAAAAGAAGGUUAAAGGAUUGUAAUGUAGUGGCAUCAAAACUGGUUCUGAUUCUGGACGAUUUGCUAUGGGUUUUGACUGAUUCCCAGUUGAAAGCCAUGGUGCAGUAUGCCAAAUCUCUUAGUGAAGCCAUAGAGAAAUCAACAGAACAGAGAAAAAGCUUGGCUUCUGAAACAGCACAGAGCUCUGCCCCUGCACCCAGCUCUCAGCAGGUGAAAGCACACCAGACAACGACAGCACCUGAUCAAAACGACGCCAUAGUAAAAUUGUUUAAUGAUUUUGAUGUUAAGGAAACUUCUCAUCACUUAGUAAUUUCCCAUUUGGACCUACAUAUAUGUGAUGAUAUCCAUUCUAAAGAAAAAGACUCAAAUAGACGUGUUACAGGAGGGGCCAUGCAGCUUUCCUUCAGCUAUUUAACAGUGGACUAUUAUCCAUUUCACAAAGCAG